AUGCCGAAAAAGAUGGGAAUUAACAGCAAAGCGGAGGAAGCUAGGGCUCGGAGGACCGCCUCUGAAGCCGAGCGUAAGGAUCGCGAAAGCCGAGAGAAGGAAGAUCAGUACUGGCGCGAAGCCGAAGGGGCUAAGUCACGCGCCGCCAAGAAGCGCGAGGAGGAGGCUGAUAAGAAAGCUGAGAUUGCUGCUAAAAAGGCCGAGGCGCGUCGCUUGGCUGAACAGGAACAGAAGGAGCUCGAGAAGAGCAUGAAAAAGGCUGAUAAAAAGGCGAACCGAGUGUCAAUCCCCGUGCCGAAGGUGACGGAGGCGGAGCUGCAACGGCGGAGGGAGCAGGAUCAGGCGGCUAUGCAGAAGCGGAUCGAGGAGGAGAAGCGUAAGCAGAGCCGGACCGCUGCCGAGGAAGAGUAUGAAAGGAUGGUGCUUGUUGAGAACACAAAUCGCGAUGACUCAAUUAUCGAGGCCAGGACGGUGGAAGAUGCGAUUGCACAGAUGGCAGUUACGGAUAAUUUGCCUCCUGAUAGGCACCCGGAGAGGCGGCUCAAGGCUUCUUUUAAGGCUUUUGAAGAAGCUGAGCUUCCAAGUUUGAAGGAAGAGAAGCCAGGUCUUACACACACACAAUACAAAGAUUUGAUUUGGAAGCUGUGGAAGAAAUCUCCUGACAACCCACUUAACCAGGUUGCUGAUAAGUCGUGA